GAAUGUCUAUUCAGUGCCAUUCUUCUGAAACGAAACGAAGAGAAGAGAAACCCGAGGAGAGUAGAUAAAGAAAUCCAGGAACUCCAGUAUCUAAUUCAGUGAGAGCCAUAGCUGCAUGCAGUUGCUGGAUUCUUCGGGAGUCUCCUGCCUGAAAGAGGAUAUCCUGUUUGUGAUUGUCCGAUUGAUCAUAGAUAGCAGGGAGACAGGGCUUCUGAAUGUUCCGUUGUCGCCAAAUUUCUUAGAUAACCAUCUGCCAAGCAAUCCGAGCCAAGAAUUUGAAACGGAUGGUUCCCAAGGGGUUUGUGAUCGUGCGAGUUGUAUCAUCCCAAGAGUCAGAGGGGAGAUUAAGACCAAGCUUCGACGACAACGGUCUCCAAACACUUCGAAGGAAGAAAAUAUGGUCACGAAAUUCUAGGUGAUUGUUGCACAAGAGGCAAGUUGGGUCUGUCGAGAUUCCCCCACGAGAGAGUAAACGGUCUCGAGUUGGACAACGGUUGAGCAAUAACCAGGUAAGAGUCUUAUGCUUUGGAAUUCCUUUUGUGUACUAGAACGAGGAUCCUGAUCGAGUCAUAAAUUUUGCUGAUAACAAACUUGUUGAUGUGAAUGUGUUAAACGUUUACUAACACAUGUUUUUCUCUUAUUUGUUAUGAUAUAUUGUAAAUAACUGAGAAACAAUAUUUUUGAAUGAAAAAGAGAAGAAUACAUUCCAAAGCAAUACGACAGACAAUACAAAGCAUGAGUCAUAUAAUAUGAUCGUUUAGUGCAGGCAAUGGAAGAACCCCGUCCCACGGCCGACCCGCUAAACCCCAUACAUUUUGCGGGGCAGGUUUGGUCAGCUUUUCUAGAGACCGCGGCCCGCUGUCCCGCCGAGAUCCACUUGACAACGGCUGGACGGGACAACCAAAUUACCAUCACUAGUGCACUCUUAGAGAAGAGAAGCUAGUUUCUGCCACUAAAAUAAACUUGCAAUGGAGGGAACACAAGUUUCUGAAAUCCGGAUUCAUAUGCCUGCUGAGAAGAAGACUUGUGGUAUCUGUUUCGAUACUGAUUUUAACGCUGAGCAGAUGUUUUGUGUUGCUUCUUGUGGUCAUGAAUUCUGUGUGGAGUGCGUGAAACGGCAUAUAGAAGUGCGGGUAUUUGAGGGAGACGUACACAUAAGAUGUCCUUGUUAUUAUUACUGCAAGUCGAAGCUGACUUUUGAAAGUUGUGUCCACCUUUUGACACCUAAGCUAAGAGCAAUAUGGAUACAAAGCCUCGAAGAAGAAUCUGUUCCUGCAAUAGAGAGAGUUUAUUGCCCAAACCCCAAGUGCUCAACUUUAAUGUCAAAAACCCGACUCUCCAAACAAGAAGAUGGAUCUAUGAGAUGCUGCUUCAAAUGCUGGGAACCUUUCUGCAUCGAUUGCAAAGCUCCUUGGCAUAAAAACUUGUCCUGCGAGGAUUACAAGAGAUUGUGUCCAAUUCUUACAGAAGAUGUUGUGCUAAACGUUUUAGCAAAUCAGAAAAACUGGCGUCAGUGUAAUAAUUGCAAACAUUUGAUCGAACGAUCGGGAGGAUGCGACCGUGUAAUUUGCAGAUGUGGAUUCUCGUUCUGCUACACAUGUGGAAACCAUAGGUGUGUUUGUUACCCUGAAGAUCCGGUAAUAGCACUUUGGUGUUGCUUCGGUUUUGUCCUUUAUUCAUUAGCUUGCAUUUAUUUAUUACUCAGCAGUCAGCACUGAGCUGUAGUUUGGAAUAUUAGAUCGUUUGGAAUAUUGUUUCGUUAUUUCUUCGGUUGCUUAACUUCUUUUUAUUGUAAGCUAGUAGUUUUAUAUAUUGAUUAAUUUUAUAGAUGUGAUUUAAUCAUCUAUGUUCAUAAGAUUA